AUGGACGGCCCUGAGGAUCAGGUCGCUGCAAGCAUCGUGCAAGCCUUCAAAGCUCUCAAAACGGUUCAAGCUCGACGUACCGUAUACCGCGGGAUUCUGGAUCAGCUUCAACCGAAUGAAUGGCGCGAUAUGUCGACUCACGCCCAAGAGAUAUUCUCUUUCCAACGCGAUAUUCUCGGUUCCCUACCUCUGGAGCUCGUGGCUCAAAUAGCCACGUACAUGGAUCCAUGGGACAUCUUGCGUUUCCAGAGGGUCUCCAAACGCUGGAAAGAACUGCUGUCCUCGAACGCCAUUUAUACCGCUGCUCUGCAAAAAUAUCGCAUAUGCCCGGGGUUAGUUGUACGCGAAUCCGACUUUGUCGAAUAUGCUGAACGCAGAUUCGCUCUGGAAUUCGGUCGUCCGUAUAGAAAAUCGGUGUAUUCAUUGGAUGGAGUCCCAUUUCGCGCACCUGAUCGUGACAUAUACUCAAUUGCACAUUGUCAUGGACAGCUCGCAUGGGCAGAAGUGGAUGAAGACGAUCAGCCACUAGGAGUAGCAGUACUUUGUUUGCAAUCAGGAUCCAUCCGUCGAUUUGUUCCCCAGAGCAGGGGGGCCAUUUCUCAUGUGCGCUUGUCAGAGAGCCUCCUUGUUGUUGUCACCGUUGAAGGAUUUUGUACGAUAUGGGAACUAUCCACUGAAAACAGAGUCUCAUUCCGCUUGCCUUCUGCCCUUAUCCAGUUCGUCGACGUCGACAGAGACAGGGUUGCCAUCAUUACCAGGGGAGAGACCCCAUAUCUUUUACUAUGGGAUCUGAAGACAAGGGUUACCCGAUCCGUCCGCAUCAAGGAGCGUCCGCUGAUCGUGGGGUUCCAUCCCGGCGAGGAUCGCCUCAGCAUAUUGUUCCUCGAGGUCAGCGAUGAUAUGUCCUUUCCGCCUAAAAUAGUCCGGGUACGAUAUUCGCUGGCCGGAAAAACCAUCUCGCCUCUGGAAGAGCCACCGACCUCUCUGGCUCUUCCUCGCCGCUAUCAGGAAUCGCGUAUAUACGGAUUUUGGAAAUCUCGUCCGGGGAUCACUGAAACCGCGGCAGUUCUCCUACUUCCCUCGGACUACGACAAUCCUCCCCCUGAUCUCCUUUUUUAUUAUCCAGAAACCGACGAAAUGUCUUUACGUUUGUCCAGUCAGUAUCCACGUAUUGCGACAAGGUACAGCAUGUUAAUGACAUCUGACGGCGUGAUGUGCGUGGUCAACAAAUCAGGCCGUGGAUUACAGAUUUGGAUCUGCGACCCCGACAGUCCUACUCCAUGCCGGACAUUAAAAUUACAGUCACAAUUAUGGAAAGGUUUUAGUCCAAACUACUGUGUCUUUUAUAGUGAUGGCGACAUUUUCGCGAUCCUAGACUGUUUCGGCAUUGAGGUAUGGUCUUGCGACCCAGAUCUCGACAUGCAUGACGGACAAAGACUUUGGAGUCCUUCUCGGGGCAGGAGCAAGGAGUGA